CGUCACUCCGGCGGCGACGCGCGGCGGGUGAGAGAAAGCGAGCCGGGAGCCGCUGGGGGCUGCCCGCGGCGCGAUGGAGGCGGAGGCCGAGCUCGGGAACCUGGCCGGCGUCCGGCACGUCCUUCUCGUUCUCUCGGGGAAGGGCGGCGUCGGCAAAAGCACCCUCGCGGCGGAGCUGGCCUUGGCCCUGCGCCACCAAGGCAAGAAGGUGGGGAUCCUGGACGUGGACCUGUGCGGCCCCAGCAUCCCGCGCAUGCUCCGGGCGCAGGGCAGGGCGGUGCACCAGUGUGACAGCGGCUGGGCGCCCGUGUUCGUGGGCCGCGAGCAGAGCGUCGCCCUCAUGUCCGUGGGCUUCCUGCUGGAGAAGCCGGACGAGGCCGUGGUGUGGAGAGGCCCCAAGAAGAACGCCUUGAUCAAGCAGCUCGUGUCGCACGUGGCCUGGGGACAGUUGGAUUACCUGGUCGUGGACACGCCCCCAGGGACCUCGGACGAGCACAUGGCUGCCGUGGAAGCCCUGCGCCCCUGCAGGCCCCUGCAGGCCCUGCUGGUCACCACCCCGCAGGCGGUGUCCGUGGGGGACGUGCGGCGGGAGCUGACCUUCUGCAGGAAGGCGGGGCUGCAGGUGCUGGGGGUCGUGGAGAACAUGAGCGGCUUCACCUGCCCGCACUGCUCGGAAUGCACCAACGUCUUCUCCAGGGGUGGAGGCGAGGAGCUGGCCAGACACGCGGGGGUCCCCUUCCUAGGCUCUGUGCCUCUGGACCCCGAGCUCACCAGGAGCCUGGAGGAGGGCCGAGACUUCAUCCAGGAGUUCCCCAAGAGCCCUGCGUUCCCCGCACUGACCGCCAUAGCCCGGAAGGUUCUGGACGGGGCUGCUGCUCACCACUCCUGACACGGGCAGCCCAUGGCCACCCCCGGUGCCUCAGAGGGCUGUGCGGAGCAGCGGACCUGCAGGCCGCCCUGCCCGGGGGCAGUCUCGGGGCCAGCGGCC